UGUAUUUGGAUUUGUUGUUAAUAAAGUUUAAAAACAAAAAAAAAAACGAAAAAAAAAAAAACGUCUCCCCCUUUCGUCCCCACUUCUCUCUCUCUCUCUCUCUCAGCACGCCCAAACACGGCACAUUCCGCACCAUGGCUGCUACGGACGUGGACGUCUUUUCGAAUGAAGAGAAGCGCAGCCUCAAUCUCGGGGGCCAUGUUGGAUUCGACAGCCUCCCCGACCAACUGGUCAGCAAAUCGGUCACACAGGGUUUUUGCUUUAACAUCCUCUGCGUAGGGGAGACGGGCAUCGGAAAAUCGACGCUAAUGAACACGCUCUUUAAUACCACGUUUGAGAAUGAGGAAGCCAGCCAUUACCAGAACGGCGUCUACCUCCGUCCGCGGACGUACGACCUGCAGGAGAGCAACGUUCACCUCAAACUCACCAUCGUAGACACCGUCGGGUUCGGGGACCAGAUCAACAAAGAUGACAGUUACAAACCCAUCGUGGACUACAUCGACACUCAGUUUGAAAACUACCUUCAAGAAGAGCUGAAGAUCAAGCGCUCUCUGUUCAACUACCACGAUACCAGGAUCCACAUCUGCUUGUACUUCAUUGCACCAACUGGACACUCACUCAAGUCCUUGGACCUUGUAACCAUGAAGAAACUAGAUAGCAAGGUCAGUAUCAUUCCCAUCAUCGCCAAAGCUGAUACGAUCUCCAAGAGCGAACUCCACAAAUUCAAAAUCAAAAUUAUGAGCGAGCUGGUGAGCAACGGCGUCCAAAUCUACCAAUUCCCGACAGACGACGAAGCCGUCAGCGAGAUCAACUCGUCCAUGAAUGCCCAUCUGCCUUUUGCUGUGGUGGGAAGCGUGGAAGAAGUUAAGGUUGGGAACAAAACGGUGAGGGCGAGGCAGUACCCCUGGGGCGUGGUGCAAGUGGAGAACGAGAGCCACUGCGACUUCGUCAAGCUGCGGGAGAUGCUGAUUCGAGUCAACAUGGAGGAUCUGAGGGAGCAGACGCACGCCCGACACUAUGAGCUGUACAGACGCUGCAAGCUAGAGGAGAUGGGCUUCAAAGACACUGACCCUGACAGCCAGCCCUUCAGUCUUCAGGAAACUUAUGAAGCCAAGAGAAAAGAGUUCUUGGGAGACCUGCAACGCAAAGAGGAAGAAAUGCGACAAAUGUUUGUCAACAAAGUCAAGGAAACGGAGGCAGAGCUAAAAGAGAAGGAGCGAGAGCUGCAUGACAAGUUUGAGCAGCUGAAGCGCAUGCACCAGGAGGAGAAGAAGAAAGUGGAGGAGAAGCGGCGAGACCUGGAGGAGGAGAUGAACGCCUUCAAUAGGAAGAAGGUGGCCGCUGAGACGCUCUCGCUAUCUCAGCCGCUCAAGAAAGACAAGGACAAGAAAAAAUCUGUAAAAACAGAGAACCAAUCGGGUGUGAGCGCCUCCAGCUCCAAGGUGAUGAUGGCCAAGGCUAAUGUGGAACCCUUGAACUGCCAAAGCUGGUGGCAGGCCAUACAGUGCUGCACCUGCCUGGUCCACAGCGCCACCUGGAAGCCCGGAGGUCUCUUCUGACGGCCCAAGGACGGGAUGAGGUGAGGGUGGCCGGAAACCAGGAGAGCGUGGAACUGCGACCAGAGGCCGGACGUUAAGCGCAUGAUUUCAUUGUUUGUCUGUCUGUUAUCAUAUCCGGACCUUUCCCCGACAUCAUCGAUGUUAUCGGACCGGAAGAGCAAUCAUCGCUUCUUCACACCUUCAGUGUCAUUCGCGCACUCGUUUGUAUCGUAUCGUAUGUGCAGUGAUUUUGUCGAAACCACCCCGAGUCAGGCCUAAAGGGUAGCAAAAUGCGGGCGUUCCUAAAUUCUGGACAUUUGCUGGGCUCAAGGAUUAAGGAUAAGUGUCAAAAGCCAUGUUCACCUUCUGCUCUCAAGUAGAACUAUUCAAAGGGGUUAUGACUGAAAAUCUUUAUUCUUUUGUUUGAAGUCUGCCUUGGCAAGAUGGUCCAGAAGUCAUAGCGCCGCAUUGUUGUCAAUCCGUGACAAAGAUCCAUAGAUUUUAUUAACAAUGAGAGAAAUUUAGAAAAAGAUAUUAUCCAGUCUGAGUUCAGAGUAUUUAUUUAAAGAUAUUUAUUUGAACAGUCUAUAAAAAAGAUGUCUUUAUUUUUUAUCAUUAUUUUUUUAAUUGUUAUAUUGCGUCUCUUUAUAUUGAAGUCUUUGUAAUAUCUUAAAAUAGUGUCGGGGUAAUGUAAUGCCUCUUUCCACUGUGCCACUUUGUUUGUUCUUAACAUAAAAGUAAUGGAUGAGAGACCCAGUCCCGUCAAUAAUGACAAUAACAAAAAUAUUUUGUUGACGAACAAUUUUUUUCAUGACGAUGACGUACGAGCUAAAAACGGCUUGAAAGACUAGAACAAAACAAGACGAUUAUCAGUUUUCAUCCGACGAGACGAAAAUGCAACAUACUAGUCCUUCUCGAAAAAUGAGCAUAUUGCGAUAAAGUUCAUUAUUUUCUGUAGUGUACUGAUGAACAUUAGACUAGGGCUGCAGCUAUCGAAUAUUUUAGUAAUCGAGUAAUCGACUGAAAAUUCUAUCGAUUAAUCGAGUAAUCGGAUAAAACAAAUAAAUUUUUAGGUGAAGAGCAAUUAUAAAUAUACAUGAGAAAACAAGACAUUUCAUCUAAUCUUGAACCAUUUUCAGUCAAUGUCUUUAUUUUCGAUGUAUAUUGUUGAAAACAGCCAACAAUUGCAUCUCAGAUGUAACUAGAAUAAAAAAAAAGACUAAUUCACUGCUUUCAC